AUGUUAUUCCCCUGGGCUGUCAGGGCAUGGGCAAAAAAUAGCAGCAGCCUCUUGGUCCCUGGGGAUGCUGUCAGCUUCCCUGACCCUGGCCCUGUUUUUAUCACCUGUCAGCUGGAGGCUGUAUUCCCCCAGGAAAUAGAGUAUAACAUUUUGUCUCUGUCCUCAGCUGCUUAUCAACAAGGCUCGACGGGAGGUGAACGAAGCUCUGGACCAAUCCGAUGUCAACGAUGCCGGGAGUUGUGCAAGGGAGAGGUGGUGCGAGUACAAGACACCCACUUUCACGUCAAGUGUUUCACCUGUACCGUGUGUAACUGUGACCUGGCACGAUCUGGCUUCUUCCAGAAGAAGGGCGAGUACAUCUGUACAGCAGACUAUCAGCGUCUGUACGGUACACGCUGUGACCGCUGCGACAGCUUCAUCACAGGAGAGGUGGUCUCUGCUCUGGGACGCACUUACCACCCCAAGUGCUUUGUCUGCAGUGUCUGCAGUAAACCCUUCCCCAUUGGAGAUAGAGUGACAUUCAGUGGAAAGGACUGUGUGUGCCAGCAGUGCUCUCACACACUCGUCAAGUCAAAUGAACCGAUCAAGAUCCACGGGCCCAGCCACUGUGCUGGAUGUCGAGCUGAGAUCAAGCAGGGUCAAUCUCUCCUGGCGUUGGAGAAACAGUGGCACGUCAGCUGCUUCAGAUGUCGAACCUGCAACAUGGUCCUCACCGGAGAGUAUAUCAGCAAGGAUGGAGUGCCAUACUGUGAGGCAGAUUACCACGCUCAGUACGGGGUGAAAUGUGAGACCUGCAGCAGAUACAUCAGUGGAAGGGUUCUGGAGGCGGGAGGGAAACACUACCAUCCAACUUGCGCUCGCUGCACCCGCUGUAACUUGAUGUUCAAAGAGGGAGAGGAAAUGUACCUGACAGGGUGUGAUGUGUGGCACCCAUUAUGCAAGCAGGCUGCGAGGGCAGAGAGGAGACUUAGGCACAGACGCCUGUCGGAAACCUCCAUCUCUCCUCCUGGCUCCUCCAUUGGCUCUCCCAGUAGGGUUAUAUGUGCCAGAGUGGAGAAUGAGAUCCUAGAUUAUAAGGACCUAGCUGCCCUGCCAAAGGUCAAGGCCAUAUACGAGGUCCAACAGCCAGACCUCAUAUCCUCCUCAUACCAGCCCUUCCACAGAUACACCUUUGAUGACAGGCUAGACACUUACAGCUAUGGGGAGUCACUUGGGACACUCUCUCCCUAUUCUCAGGAUUAUGACAGCUUGGAUAUUAAGCAGAGGCGGUGCUCCAGUCCAGGUUAUAUUGACUCCCCAACAUACAGUCGUCAAGGCAUGUCACCCAUCAUGCCUCGCUCACCGCAGCACUAUGGCUACCCUGGCUCUGAAAGUGGCAGGAGCUCACCUUAUUACGGCCAAGAUGGGCGGUCAAACACACCCACCACAAACCAGCCCCCUAAACAUUUUCAUGUACCAGACAAUCAUUUGGACGCAGCCACCAAAAGCAGGACCAGUGAGGACAUCCUCAGAUCCUCCAGACUGUCCACCUACUCUCCUGAGCCAUACACCCAGUCAGAGUCUGACUACUACCCUUACACCAGCUCCCCCAAAGCCUAUCGGGUGCCGAGAAGACGGUUCUCGACAGGAGGAGAUGAAGAGAGUUGGAGUCACAGUCUUCAAAGAAUUGGGAGUGGCAUCGGGAGGAUGAUCCUAAAGGAGGAGAUGAAAGCUAGAUCUGGUUCCUAUGACAACGACCCCUGGGGCAGUGCGAGGAAUUCUCGUAGUGGGAGCAAGGAAACACUCAACACUACAGGCUACGGCACCACGGCGUACAACAACACUGUCAACGGAUCUCCUCGAUCUCAAUACAGCACUAAUAGUGAUUUUGUUUGUAAGUCAGCCUCACUACCAGGAUAUGGACGCAAUGGCAUCCAAAGGCCUCAAAGUGCAGAUUGUUACCAGUACCAGUAUGACAGUGAGGUCAACUGGGGAAGCAGAGCAGAAUACAAGAUUUACCCCUAUGAAGCACUUAUUGUCACCACUAGAGGGCGCAACAGGCUGCCCAAAGAUGUAGACAGAGCCAGACUAGAGCGUCACCUGUCCCCAGAAGAGUUUGUCCAGGUGUUUGGCAUGACUGUAGAGGAUUUUGACCGGCUGGCUCUGUGGAAGAGAAAUGAGCUAAAGAAACAGGCCCGUCUUUUUUAAUGAUGUACUGACGUCUGUCAAAUACUGCCAUAAGUAAAGCAAGAGACUAAGUGUAGGGAGGAAAGAAAGACAUAGGAAGACUUCUACUCAGUUUCACUGCCAUGGCUGAGAACCUGUUCUAGAUCUCCUCAUAUGACGAACCAAAUUCUGGUCACACCAGUGUGGACCUCUGGGAUACAGAGGGAAGGCAACAGAGACAUCAUGCACAGACGGACUGAUAAACUGUUACAUGGUUGCCAGUGCAGCUGUGUCUGUGUGAUGGAGUGGUGUGUAAGCAAUAGGCGCGGAUGCCAUGUACAGUAGUGUUGUGCUUUUCUUAAGCCUGAAAGACGGGUGUAGGCAUGACUGUGCCCCUAUAAGGCCACAUGAGGGGAUGUCUGUGACCAGAGCCGCAGUACUAAAACACAAUGAGGAGAAUUUUGGCUUUGCCUUAUUUGUUAUGCUCUCUUAGUUAUGAGUGUGCAGCACCAGCAAUCUGAAUGAGUAGAAUGUAGUUACAGUAUAUCAUUUAUGACACUUUAUCAGUUGUGAAUGAUUAGAUGCCAAGAAUGAAUGAGUGAAAACACAUUUUGCUUUGGUUCAUAGGGAUGCAUUUUGUUUACCCAUUCCCCUGUUUUUGCUUUCUCACAAAAAAUGCUGUGUUCCCCUCUGGUUUACAUUGAUUGAUAUUGAAACAAACAAGAAGCAAUGGGAGGUGGACACAUUUUUACAAUUAUAUGUGUGAACUGCAUUGAUUUAUGUGAACAUGAAAACCAAAGUGAGAAUGCAAAUAUACAGAUUAGCAGACCACUUCCAUGUAAUGUUAUGGUUACAUAGCUAAAGGCCACCAAUAGAUACAGUCACUGUGCAGCUGUAAAGUAACCUAUAAGAAUGUGCAAUUCAGUAGAUUUAAUAGAUAAAAGAAACACCAUUUCAGUCCUCUCGUUCAUUUUCCAGCUCAUUGCAAUAGGAUGGUGACUAAAUGUUUUACUAUAAAGACAGUAGUCAUCCAUACAUUUUACAUUCACUAUUAUUUCUAUUCUUUUCGAAUGAUAAUCCAAUAAUUUUGUAGCUACAGAGAUUAUAAUCACUCACAAAUGCUCUGCAAGGUAUUUAACACACUGACAAAGAUCCAGGGUUGUUGAAGAAUUUUCUUUGAAUACUGUUAUUUUUGAUUUUGUCACUAAAAAUUAAACUUGAA